AUCAUGAGCAGUCAGGGGUCAAAGAGUUCUACUUCGAUGCGCAAGGGAGCAAAUGCCAAGCAAUUAUAUCCUCACAUUUAUUUACCGAAACAUGAAGAACAUGAUAAAAGCUUAGGGAGUACAGUAAACGCAGAACACUAUGGCCGAUGAUGAUGAUGAGGAAGGAUUUGGUGGUGCUUAUGAAGAUGGGCACUGGAUAUGGGACGAGAACAAUGAGCAGUUGGCGUUUGUAAGUGACCUGCCUCCAAUGGCUGUGGAGGCCAUCCAGAUACCAACUAAAGCGCCUACUGGAACAGUGGAAUUCAGGGAUGAUGUUGAUCUGAUAGAACAAAUUCGUUUUAGGCGACGUUAUCAAAGAAAAGUAAAACCAGGUCAAGCUGAAAUUAUCACAGUGCAGGACGUGAAAGAUAUUGCAUUGUUCACGGCUCCAGUAAAUAUAAUGAGUCCUGUCCUUAUAAAUAUGCUACAUCUUUCAACAACUGAUAGAUUUAUAAGGGCACUUAUCCUCUACUGCGCUUAUUACUUACAGAUUGCUGAUGAAAUGACCCGUCGUAUAAUGGAACUAGAGACGAAAGUGAGAACACCUGUCUGCGAACUGUUGGAAAAUGAAUAUAGAGAUAAUUUAGGCGAUUUACGUCUACUAGUCUCUAAGGAAUAUAGUACAAUGCUUAUCGGUGGAAGUGACACACGAAAAUUUCACCACAUGGGUGCUCAAAAGAAGCGACGGUCCCUCUCAGACAAAGAUGCACGAUUGUUCGAAACAUUACUGCGCAUGUGUGUUCAGAUUGUUUGGCUAGCUUUGGGAAGAAAGUCUUUUAAUCAAAUAGAGCUAGAAAUGAACAGAAUGUUCAAGUCAGAGAUAUUCAACUCUGUGGAGCACACAUUGAAGACCAACUAUAUCACGAAUAUGGCCAAGGAGGAGCGCGACGUGCUGCUGGGUCAUUGUGUGCGCAAAGACACGAAGCUGAACACGCAGUCUCCGCUCAUGAAUGAAGUUUUCUGUCACAGAAAAAUUGAUUAUCGUAUUUUGGGCCUUGGUGUCAUCAAGUUCCCUCAGAUGACACCACGGCUGCAGUACAUGUAUCAGGCUGUGGCAGGCGACGAAGAAAGUCUUAGUACCAUGGGUGUUGUGUUAGGUAUCAUAGGAAUGCCACGUUCUGCUUUCGAUACUAUGUUGAGGCCUUUACCCACCGCUGGGGUCGAAACUGGAAAAUCGGCUAAAUCAGUCGCAGGAAUGAGUAGUGGUCAGUCGCCAAAGAGUUCUGCUUCGGUGCGCAAGAGCAUGACAACCGCCCAUCAAUUAUACCCUGACAUUGUUUUACCGAACCCGCCGACAAAAGAAAUAUACUUCCCCCCCUCGUUCCCCGAGCACCCGGAGCGCGCUCGUCCCUGCAGCGAGACGCAGCGCCGGCGCUGGCAGAAUCGACUUCAGAAACUCCUACAUCCACAAUCAGCUGGACGAUAAAUCUUAGAUCAUAGCCUACUUAUACCGAACUCCCAUUAGAAAAAUGCUUCGUUGUUUUAACGACCGACGUCGGACAACGUUGAAAUUGUAUGGAUAUUCGAUGUUUUCCAUAGGUAUCGACAGACGUGCGUCGACGCAUAAAAUCUGCAAUUAAUACACUGAAAAAAAAAUAAAGAAAAUGUCAACUCCUAUGGAAAACAACGCAUCGUAGUGAUUUAAACGUUUCACCAACAUUCGAUUGAUCCAUGAACUGUUGGCCAAAAAAAUCUUUGACCCAUUAACGAUUUGUCCAACGUCGGAUGAAAAUCCACGAACGUUUUGCCAGUAUAACUUUAUGUUAAGGAAUGUUUUACCAACAGUGUUAUGGUCAUGUACUUUUCACCCAAAGAACUUCACCCAUGGACUGUUUGCCAACAGCCUGGUAUGUCACUGAUCUAUUGACAAUAUGCUUACCCUAACAAAAUAUACUGUAGAGUCUCUGUAUUUCAAUAGGUAUUACAAUAUUGAAUAACUUUUUCAUCUGUUUAGUGGUACAUUCAAACUGUGUUUUUGAUCGAUAGCUAUUACUUUAAAUACUUAUGUCGUUAAUUAUUGAUAUGUUCUUCAAUAAAUAAAAUAUUGUGUACA